AUGCCUUCCAAUCAACCCCUCAUUGUUCUCGUCCCUGGAGCUUGGACUCCUCCAACGGCAUAUCACAAACUCGUCAGUAUCUUGGAAAAAGCUCCUUACAACUUUACAGUCCACAGCCCAUCGCUUGCUUCCAAUAAUGGCGCCACGCCUCCCAAUACCUUCGAGGCCGAUGUGGAGGCAGUGAGGUCGGCUAUCGAGCCUCUCGUCACGGCUGGGAAUGAUGUGAUCCUGAUUAUGCACUCCUACGGUGGCGUGGUGGGCUCGAGUUCCAUCGCCGGGCUCACAAAGAAAGACCGCCAGACCAAGGGCCUGCCCGGUGGCAUCUCGCACCUGUUCUACAUCAGUGCGUACUUGCUUGCCAAGGAUCAGAGCGCAUGGGAUGUUUUGGUCCAGGCCGGAGGCGAUACUCCCGAGCGUCGAACGCUGGUCGAGUUCAAGGACGAUGGCACGUGGCUGCCGACGGAUGCCAUCUCGGGCCUGUAUUCUGACCUCGAGCCUGAGGAUCAGGAGGAGCAGAAGGCGGGGAUACGGCCACACUUCUUCUCCGCGCUGUUGGGCAAGGCAACACAUGAGCCGUGGAGGGAUGUUCCCAGCACGUACAUUUACACCGAGAACGACGUAUGGGUCCCGCCAUCAUUCCAGGUAAGAUGCUCCCUGCGAACGAAGCAGAAGUACAUCAGAGCUGAUUCCGAUCUCAGGAUAUUUGCUUGGCCAACGCCACCAACGCAGGGGUUCAUGUCGAUGUGCAUAGAUUCCCCUCCGCGCAUUCGGCAUAUGUCAAACAUCGCGGAGAGAUUGCUGAGCUGGUUGGAAAAGUCGCUGGCUCUUCCUAGCCGUUAUGGGAAGGCGCUUAGCCACCAAAUGUUCUGA